AUGUCUAUCGCUACGACAUACCCCUUCGACCCGGCCACAGAUAUCCCUUCCCUUGCCGGGAAAGUGAUCUUUAUCACCGGCGCAAACACUGGCCUUGGAAAAGCCACUGCCAUUGAACUGGCCAAGCAUUCUCCUGCUCAUGUAUACAUCACUUCCCGGAACUCCGCCAAGGGGAAUGCUGCACUAGAGGAAGUCAGGAAGACAGCUAGUGAAGGCACCAAGGUCUCUCUGUUACACCUCGAUCUCUCCAGCUUCGAAAGCAUCAAGUCUGCAGCUGCCGAGUUCCUCAAGCGUGAGGACAGACUCGACGUCCUCUUGCUGAAUGCUGGAGUAAUGGGCGUUCCACCAGUCCUAACUAAGGAUGGAUACGAGAUGCACAUGGGAAUCAACCACCUCGGGCAUGCUUUGCUUCUCAAGUUUCUCAAGCCCAUCCUUGGCAAGACUCCCGAUGCUCGUGCUGUACAUCUCAGCUCUGCUGGAUUCCGUCACGUCGGACCGGCUGGUAUUGAAUUCGAAACCCUUAAGUCAGCUAAGAGCGAAACGGCUUUACCCUUCCGAUACGCUCAGAGCAAGCUCGCUUGUCUUCUUUAUGCAAGAGAAGCAGCCAAGCGAUAUCCCGAAUUCAAGAACAUCGCCAUCAACCCAGGCGAGGUUCAAACUGAGCUUUUUACUCGUGAGGCAGGAGAUGACUUGAUGAAACAUCUACAAGAGAAUGUGGCUUUUAAAGUCACAAUUCCCAUUUCGGAGGGUGUCAAGAAUCAUCUUUGGGCUACUACUGCUCCGGAUAUUGAGAAUGGAGAAUUUUAUGAACCUGUCGGAAAGACGGGCGGACUAGAGGGACAUGGCUUGGACGAUGAGAUGGCCAAGAAGCUCUGGGAUUGGACGGAGGAGCAGCUGAAAAACCAGGUCCUGUAG